CAUCGUCUGCGUCUGCUUCUUGUAAGCACCGCCGGAAUCACCACAUUCCUGUUCUCGAAUUCGCACCGUCGUUCAUCACUUCUGUUCAAAUUUCAGAACAUCGCCUUGAGCUUCCUCUUACUACCCAUUGCACCUGGAAGCAUGAGUUUAUAUCAUAUUCAUAUAACUUGCCUCGUGUAUUGCCUCUAGCUUUUUCAAUUUGAACCUAACGAUAACCGAAAGGGUGAAACUUUGAGAAUAUAUCGCCCUCUGUGCCGUGCCGUGCCGUGCCGUGCCACGCCACGUCACACCCCUUCCCUUCUAAGACUUUUUUCUGGGUGUUGCGUUAAAGUUACGGUUGUUAGAGAUUUUUGUGAUUUCUUUUAAACUCAUGGCCGCAUGGUCUUCUAGAAAGUUACUGAGAGAUUUUUUUCUCAAAAGGGUAGUUUCGAAUCAACUUCCUGGCGUCAGAUGUUUUUCUUCUGCACCAGAAAUUGCUCCUAAGAUCGGUCACUAUUCUAAGAAAGGACGGUUGUUCACAGGAGCCACCAUAGGCCUACUUAUAGCUGGUGGAGCUUAUGUGAGUACUGUGGAUGAAGCUACUUUCUGUGGAUGGUUAUUCUCAGCAACAACACUUGUGAAUCCUUUUUUCGCUUUGUUGGACCCUGAGUUUGCACACAGACUAGGUGUAUCGGCUGCAGCACGUGGUUGGGUUCCGAGGGAGAAGAGGCCUGACCCAUCAAUCUUAGGGCUAGAGGUUUGGGGAAGAAAGUUCUCCAACCCAUUAGGUCUUGCUGCAGGCUUUGAUAAAAACGCCGAGGCAGUAGAUGGUUUUCUUGCUUUGGGCUUUGGCUUUGUGGAGGUUGGCUCUGUUACUCCUGUCCCCCAGGAAGGCAAUCCAAAGCCUCGUAUCUUCAGGUUGCGAAUGGAAGGUGCUGUUAUAAAUAGAUGUGGCUUUAACAGUGAGGGAAUUGUUGCUGUUGCAAAGCGUCUGGGUGCUCAGCAUGGUAAGAGGAAAUUAGAUGAAACUUCUAGCACUUCAACUUCUUCCAAUAAUGAAGUCAAACAUGGUGGAAAAGCUGGCCCUGGCAUUCUUGGUGUCAAUCUUGGGAAGAACAAGACAAGUGAAGAUGCUGCAGCAGACUAUGUUCAAGGAGUUCAUACAUUAUCCCAAUAUGCUGAUUACUUGGUGAUUAAUGUUUCAUCACCCAAUACCCCUGGCUUACGCAUGCUUCAAGGAAGAAAGCAAUUGAAGGAUCUUGUGAAGAAGGUUCAGGCUGCUCGUGAUGAGAUGCAAUGGGGUGAGGAGGGCCCACCUCCAUUGCUGGUAAAAAUUGCUCCAGAUUUGUCAAAAGAAGACCUUGAAGAUAUUGCUGCAGUUGCCUUGGCUCUUCACUUAGAUGGACUGAUUAUAUCAAAUACAACCAUUUCAAGACCAGAUCCAGUCAGUAGAAAUCCAUUGGCUUCGGAAGCUGGCGGCUUGAGUGGGAAGCCUCUCUUCAAUCUCUCUACCAAUAUUUUGAAGGAUAUGUAUAUCUUGACAAGGGGAAAGAUUCCUUUGAUUGGUUGCGGUGGCAUUAGCAGUGGUGAGGAUGCAUACAAGAAAAUACGUGCUGGAGCAACUCUUGUUCAGCUCUAUACCGCAUUUGCUUAUGGGGGACCUGCACUUAUUCCUCAGAUAAAGGCUGAAUUAGCUGCAUGCUUGGAACGAGAUGGUUUCAAAUCCAUUCUUGAUGCAGUUGGUGCAGAUUGCCGAUGACUUUUAUCCACAUCUGAAUGCCGUGCUGUAAAGGCACAUUAUUAUCAUUAUAGGCGUAGCAAUGUUCCUUUUUUGACAAUACUGAAUUUGCAAAAUCUUUUUAUUUAUUGUUUUUUUUUUGGGCUUCCUUUAAUUUAUGGGUUAUAUUUCUACGUAGCAAAAGGGAAGAUUUCUUCUCCUCUCAUAGACACAGAAAUAUUGUGGGUUUCAUUGUUCAGAAAAAGAGAAAAAAUUUGGAGUGGGUCCCCAUCUUUUUGAGUCGGUAGAAAAAACCAGUUGUCUCCUAUAGCAAAGACUAUGAUUUCUCUUAAUUUAUACCUGAUUUUGUCUUAUAUAUUGUUAAUUUGUUGGGU